UGUGGGACAGCUUCUCUAGCGCACACUCACACAGACUCACACACAUUCACACACACUCACACACACUGUCAGUCCUCGUCUUUUUCUGUUCUGCUUUCUCUUCUGCUGUUUUGGGGCCGAAGGUGGAGAAUGACGGCGCGACUGGCAGCUGUGGUCGGACGCAGUCCACCGGUCGACUAGUGGAAGAGUACACACACACACACACACACACACACACACACACACAUACACUCAGAGACACGGACACACACACACAACGAAUGAAUUGAGAGGAGGCAACACAGCAGCAGCAGCAGCACAUAGGUAAGAGUGGUCGUUUUCUUUUGGUCCGGUUAUGUUCGAAGUCCAGCUGCUUCAUGCGUUUUUCUUAUCUGUACUUUGCCCUAUGUCACGUAUCCAUAAAGUCGCUGUCACUCAGCAGGUUAGAACAGGGGCAGAGAAUCUGGAAAUGGCCAGCGAACGGUGUGAAAUGUAGUGAUUGUGGUUCCUUCUUAUAUUCCCCGGUUGCUUAGUAGUAGCGUGUAAAUACUUUCAGUACUUCCUCAAGAGCAGAAAUGACUCAGUGUCCGAUGCAAUGUGGAAAUAAAACUACAAUAAAGGUAAUUUACGGCUCCGGGUCCUUGUCGCGGUGCGUUUGAGGGAACGCAGCACUGUGGGAAUCUCCCUGCAGGGAGCCUUAGAUCCACAAACAUGGAGAGUGCUGACGGGGGUCGCUCUAAACUUAGACACGGUCUCCUGUUACUCUGCUCGUAUUCUAGCGCCACACACACGUUUCAAACGCCGCCGACCCCAUGUGCUUCUCACUACGGCUGCGUGUUAUUGUCACCGACGGUCAAAUCCACCGCAGGUGUGUGUUCUUGUUGACCGUGUUUGCGUCCCAACGCCGCUGUGAUUAUCUGUCCUGUUCUGAUGAAGCUUCAGCAGCUCGACCGGCGUCACGUGAGGAGGACAAUGCAACAAUCGCACUCUGUACGUUUAAAACCGGUUGCUAAUGGAGACAACUGCAGUCCCUUGUGUAACUGUUGGUCAUGUGGCAUAGAGACCACGUUUAUUGGAUUACAUAGAAUCCGUUACACUGAAGUGGAGGAGUUCAGGGGUGAGAGGAUGCCCCACCACCACUUCCCCCCUCCUUCUUCAUUGAUAGUCUACAAUAAUCAGAUGCUGCAAUGAUGUGAUAAUUCAUUACACACAGGGCAGGUAACAUUAAAUCACUAUCACUCUACUGUAACUACAUCGUAUCUUUGUCUCUUCACCCUUCAUCACCUACUGUAUUUACAUAAUGUGAGUCCUCUCAAUUUGACUAACGUGGAACUCGUAACGCAUAAAAACAUUUGGUCUGACAUCAUCCCAACCAAACAACACAAGGCCUUCUUUGUUUACUAUCUUUUUCUGUCUAAAUUUAUCUUUUUCUCUCUGACAUUGUAAAAAAAAAUCAAAGCUCAACAUUCAUCAUUCAUCAUCAUUGCGUGCGCAAAUGUUUGUUUCCUGAAAGGCAGAAUCCAGCUUUAUUUCGCCACCUGUAACUAUCUGUGGCUUCCUCCGCUCAGACUGAUUCAUCCUUCACACUGUGAAGACCGACACAAUAUGAAUCACCUUCGUAAACAAAUAAAACAAGCUGUGAUGAUUCAUGUCAACUCCUUGUUUAUUCAAUCGCUGGCAAGCGAUCGCAGCCAAUAUGCGCAGUCAUACGCACGCUCAUCAUUGAAAACAGAAGAGAACGUUGUAUGAAUUUACAGCAGAUCUUAUCGUUCCUGGCGCAAAGGUCGCAUUUAUAUAGAGAUAGGAGUCAUAUCUGCGAUAUGGUGAUGAAUUUGAUUUCUGGACCAAUUUAAUCUGAGGCAUUCACGAUCAAAUUUGAACCGUGAGCCUUCACCACGUGGAGCCUUGAACAUUCUCCUCAUCCUCCACCUCCUUCCAUGAAGGUGUGCUCAAGCCCUCUCAUCGGUGCAUCCUUCAUCCUUAACACCCCCCCCCUCCCCCCGAGACCUUGCAGCCUCGGCCUGUGUGGCAUUGCCUUACAGUGGCUCAGCAAUACAUUCUCACCAGCACUCGUGCCGCCUCUGCCACGCACAUUCUGCUCAUAUUUUCACUGACCCACACUCAGCACAACGCACUGGGAGGCUCACACACACCAAUUGCAGAGAGUGCUUUGUGCAUUCACCGUCUGACUGGGCAGCUGCUGGAGAGAAAGAGAGAGGGAGAGAGACAGAGCGAGAGGCCGGUGGGAGGAGGGAGACGCAGACAGUAGGAGACAGAGGGAUUACGAAAAAGAAGCAGACCCAGACAGAUAAGGAGGAAAUAUUCCACGUGAACAGCACCUGGUGAGCCGGACCGGACAGGGAGGGGAAACGCGGGCCGUCCAGUGGAGAGGAAGGGAGCAAGGGGCCUUUAAAGGAGCCGGGGGCACCGAAGGGAUGGCAUUGAUCUCUGGGAGCUGCCGGCGUUUGGGCCAGAUGGCGUCUUGUUGCUGCAGACCUCUGCUCAACUCCUCGUGUUGUGGACCGCUCAUCAAAGUGUGCCUCUCCUCCUUCACAGGUCGGUCCCAGCCCGUAGACUCUGUGGUAUCAUGAGACAGGCAGCUGCACUGAGAUAGACAGGGGAGUAGGUGUAACAUGGGUAACGCGCUUAGCCAAGAAGGUAAAGAGGGCGUGUGUGUGUGUGUGUGUGUGUGUGUGUGUGUGUGUGUGUGUGUGUGUGUGUGUGUGUGUGUGUAGCAGCAUGACGACCCCACCAGUCCCGGCGGUGCUAACUGUGCUCUGUGUAGCAGGAUGGAAAGAAUAGGCUGUUGUCCUCAUCAGCCUGAUGCCACGAUGCAUUGUGUUGCUAAGUUGUGUGUCUCGUUGUCUUGCUGUUAAUGCAAUGCAUCAAAAUAAUACUCUGCCAUGUCCUCUCUCCCCCCCACAACGCAUGUUAGACAAUAACAGGAAUGUGCUCAGAGUCAGGAGCAGGGCAGCGGUUUGAGCCUGGAGGUUGAACCGACGUCAGGCCUGAGUGUGUUCAGCGUCACCGUGUCCCCACAGCCCGUUAACGCCUCACACUAACCGGCAGCACAAACCUGGCAACCGCAGCUUUAUCCCCAACUCUAACCCCCCAACGCAGAUUCCCCGGAUGUUUAAGUGACAUCUCCCCCGCUGAGCUGGACGCUCUCUGGAGGGAACCACCCUACACCCUUGGGGGAGCAAGCCAACACUUCCCAGGAAAUGACAUCAUGACUCAAGGUGUUGGUGAGGAGGAGGACGGUCCCGCUGCGGAGUCAGGCGAUGCCGGGCCGGAGCCGGACAACUACUGGAAGAAAAAAGCAGCUUUUCUCAGAGGAAGCACUGUAUCGCUAGGAGACAAAUUCUCCUCAGAAAUCGCUCUCCUGUUCACGGGGAGGAGACGCUCCAGCCAGAAUCCCGACCGCGCGCUGCAGGAAGCGCUGCGCACGCGACUGCGGGUGGUGGAGAGCAACAGCCAGGAUGUCAUCCAGCUCUUUAAGGACUUGUCUGCGCGUCUGGUGUCUGUCCACGCUGAGAAAGACAGCUUUGUCCUCACAUUCAAGACUGUGGAGGAAAUCUGGAAGUUUUCAACCUACCUGGCGCUGGGAUACGUGGCUCGCUGCUUGGAGAACUUCCUGUGCGAUCAGUCCUUCUGGCUGGACCCAGUUCUGCUCAGCGACUUGGAGAUCAACGUAAGUGUGGAUGAGGAGCAUCUGGCCACACUCUACCUGGACCUCGUGCUGCAAGAAGGAUCCUUCUUUGCAAAGGCUCUGUUCACGAGAAGGGAGCGGGACGAGGACGACGAGGAGCAGCUGCCGUUCAAAAAGAACGACCUGCUGAUGGUGAAAGACACGGGGCAGGAGAACAUGUGGGAGGGCACCAUGCUGGCCACGGGAACCCACGGCCUGGUGCCGGUCAAUGCCAUGCAGCCACUUCCCUAUCCUUUCUAUCAGUGGUUCCUGAGGAAGUACCAGGGCUACGCUGGGUGCUCGCCAACAGAGAAGGAACCACAUGCACAUCCAGUUGUGACAGGUUCCUGCGUGGCAGUCGUCGACUACAGUCCGGUUUGGCCGGACGAGCUCCAGCUGAGCCAAGGUGACACUGUGGAGAUUCAGGGGCUGCUGGUCCGAGGCCUGGGCGUGUUCAUAGGAAAAAACACCUCCACAGGAAACACCGGAUUCGUACACAAGGCCCACGUCAAACCUCUGGACACCGUGCCCUUAAAUGGACAGUUGGUCUUCCUGACGGAGGAGGAGAGAUCGAGCCUGGCUCACAUCAACCUAUGUGACUCGGAGUCAAGCGACAGCAGCCUGCUGGAAAGACUCUUCCCGUCCGAUGUCAGCUCUGUGUACAGGCUAGAUAGACUGGAUGAGACCGACUUCAUGUUUAUCAGACACCAGCCUAAACAUGUAAAGUUUCCCACAAGCACCCGUCAGAGUGUGAUGUCGGAGAAGAGCGACGGGACGUCCCCCCACCACUCCUCCCCUCGUCUGUCCAGUCGCCACUCCCACGAACCUCUGCCGCGCGAGGGGGAGCGCCUGUCCUUCAGUCUGGAGGAAACCUUCAGAGAGCUGGACGAGUUCCAGGUGGACCUGCCUCUUUUCCUGGAGGAGAACAGCUGGGAGGGGGAGGAGUCGGAGCUCAGCGACCCCACGCUGGCGCUGCUCAACCACCAGCACUUCCAGGACGACUUCCUGCCCCUGUAUGACCUGCACUAUUCCUUCCUGUGGCUCACCUUUCCCGGUAGGACUGAGGACGAGCUGUCAGGACAUUUGGAGAGCGUGAGGGAGAGCGCCAAGCGGACGGGCAUGCACUGGGCGCAUCGACGGGCCUGUUUCCUCCUGGGGCGACUGUGUGCGAAAAAGCUGAAGUUCUCCCAGGCCCGCGUGUACUACGAGGAGGCCCUGAGCGUUAGCGUGGACAGUUUCGCCGACGCGCCGCUCCUCGUCGCGCUCCUCACCAACAUCACCGCCGUCUACCUGAAGCAGCGCAUGACGGACAGGCUGCCCCGGACCCUGGAGAAGGCCGGCGCGCUGCUCCUCUGCCUCCCCGGUCACACCUUCACCUCUGCCGACGAGCUCGAGCUGCUGAAGCUCCUCUUGAGGAGGUCGCUGGUGGCCGGUGACAAGCACCUGGAGGCUCGCGUCUGCUACCUCGUCUCCCGCCUCUUCCUUCUCCUCAGGAAGUUUGACGACGCGCUCCCCUUCGUCGAGCGCCUCCAGUUUCUCUCAAUCACCCUCUCCGCGAGCGAGGGCCGGCCCAUAGCUCCUCUGGACCUGAACUGGCUGCUGAGCUGGCUCUACCACCGUAAAUACAUGCCUCAUUUGGCGCUAGCCUCUCUGAGUCUAGACUCCAGGCAGGACCACUCCCUUGCGGACGCUUUCCAGAGGGUUGAGUUGUUUAUCAGAAACUCUGUGCGCCUCAACCCCCACUGGAAGGAAGGGACCUCCCUGCUCCCCGCUCCUAUUGUCAUCUACCUGCAGCAGGCUCUGGCUUUAGCUGAGAUGGGUGAGGACAUGAAGACUCAGAGGGACCUCUGUUUGGGCUUGGCCUCAGUCUACCAGCAGCACGGAGCUUUGGAUAAGGCAGUGCGCUGUGCUCAACAAGCUGUGGAGACGGGGGGCCACAUCAACGAGGAGGAGGGAUUUGAGGCCUCUGUGCUGCUCGGGUGGCUACUGGUGUUAACAGGACAGGCUGAAAAGGCCCAAAGUGUCCUACAGCCGCUACUCACGUCGCUCCAGGGAACAGACAGCCCGACACAGAGAGGAGUCAUCCACAACCUCCUGGCUCUGUGUCUAAGGAAGCAGAGUCGGGUCCGGGAGGCUGGCGGCCAUCUUUACUCGGCUUUGGCGAUCUCCAGGGAGGACGGUAACCAGAGGAACCAGGCCCUGGCGCUAGCAAACCUGGGCUGCUUGGCACUGGAUGUGGGGGCGCCUUGGAUAGGAGAACGCUUCUUAGUCAGGUCGUUGCAUCUGUUUUUGGAGCUCUGGGAGACCCACAUUGACGAAGAGCACGUGCAGACCUACCUGUGGCUGGGGAGGAGCUACAAAGACCAGGGCAGGAGUCAGGACAGCAGGGCAUCGUACGAAAUGGGGCUACUUAUUGCUCUACAUGCCAAAAACCUGCACAGUCAGAUGGUGGUGGCUAAGGUGCUGAGUCGGCUGUAUGCUGACAUGAUGCUCUAUGGUCAGAGUAUCGUGUACUAUGAACACUGCGUGUCAGUAUCCAGAGAACUGAAGGACAAGAGGCUGGAGGGAGAGUACCUGGAAAUCCUCAGCAGCCUGUACCUCUCGCUCAACACUGAGAAAUCAUCCCGUAAGUCUCUGGACUACACUAAGCAGAGCCUGAGGAUCUCCAUUGAUCUGGGCAAGAGGGAGGAGGAGUCCGAGACCUGGCUUCAGGUGGGACGCAUCUAUUACCUGAUCCAGGAGGACGAACUGGCUGACAUGUACCUGCAGGCCGCAGUGAAGACAGCCCUGAGAAUGAAUGACUCACACUUCGCCAUGAGCAUUUACGAGGAGGCUGGCGACGUUUACUUUAAAGGCCACAGGAAGCAGUUCGCCUCGCUGCCUUUCUACAGGGAUGGCAGCCUGCCGUUCGCGCGGAGCAUCAGGGACCUGCAGUCGGAGUUCCGCCUGUUGGGUAAACUGAGCGAGCUGCUGAUGAACCACGGAGAGCAGGAGGAGGCGCUGCAGUACGCAACGCUGGCGGUGGAGGUCGCCGGCGAAACAGGUGUGCGUGUGAACCAGAGGGCGGCCUUCCACCGCCUGGCUUCCGUCUACUACAACCUGCAGCAGUACGAGAUGGCAGAAAACUACUACCUCAAAUCCCUCUCCCUGAGUCCUGCUGUCCUGCAACACCCAUCGGAGGCUCGCUACUACACCAAGGUCUACUGCAGACUGGGGAACCUCACCCUCCACAAACUCAAGGAUGCUUUUGAUGCGGUCGGCUACUUCCACUUGGCUCUGGCGGCGGCCUUAGAGGACCAAGCUAACCCCGAGGCCCAGUACGUGGUGUACAUGAAGCUGGCGGAGAUCCACAGCAACUACAUGCCCGACGCUCACAUGUGCCGAGUUUACAGGAACCGGGCCCACAAUCUGAAGAGGGUUCUGUCUGGAGAGGAAAGCGCUGUCGCUGGAGAUGGAAGCGCGGAGGAUGCAGACGCGGAGUCUGAUCCGAACCCGGAAAAGGACCCGGGUGAGGAUAUGGGACGCGCAGAAAAGCACGAGGACAGUUCGGCUCCACAAACCAUUCAUGAAGGCUCAAAAUGCACCAAAGCUAACGCUGCAGAUAAUAAUGUGAAAGACGAUCAGAGCCUGUGUGAUACGGAGGCAUCGGAGAGAGACACGGCGGCCAGUCACUCGUACAGUGACAGCAUUUACACGGAGUCCUUCGACACGGCGAAGGAGCAGAUCUCAGACUCCAGCAGCUCCACUGACACUUUACAGACCUACCAGAAGCCCACCGACGAGAAAGACUCCGACUUCCACAAGGAUAUCAGCACGCCUAGUCAAAUACCUGUCAAUCACCCAGAGGACAUCGCAGGACAGGCCAGAAACUCUGCUUCUGAAGCUCAGGACGAACAGAGCGCCGGCUCUGAAAAAACUAGCGCCAAAGCAGAUCCUGAUGUAGAAACAUUCUUUAUUUAGAGCAAUCAAGUCUGAUCCCCACUAUGCAGAGGCCGUUAAGUUAGAGCGUAGGAAGCUGUAAGUGUAGAAAUCACAAAUAUACAGUACAGACUUAGAUGAUGUCUAAACACGGUUGCACUUUAUGUUCUUCAUUGACAUUUCCUGUUGCACACAUGACCAACAAACUGCAACGUUCCAGCCACAGGGCACUUAAUGUGAGAGAGAGGGUGUCAAUGCUGUACAGCCGCAGAAGGUUAGUGAAUUCAAAGCAUGUGCCUUUUGUAUAAUAUGUACUGUGGUGACCUGUGCUUGUAAUGUUUUCUAAAAUUUUUAUUAUCUCUGGAAGAUAUGACAAAAUAUGAAGUAAUAAUAUUAACAAAGCCUUGUUUUA